CUCAGACCACAACAGCAGAUGUACUCUUUUGAGCCACUCAGCUACUAUUAAAAUCCUAUCAAAUCACUCUAUAUACCUCCGUUACGCGAUCUGACACUUUUUACAUCUGGACCGCGGGCGGGGCGUGAUCAUCAUGGACUUCAAGGCGCUCAUGUCGCGAGAAAUCGCAAAGUCACAACCAUCCAAAGACACAUCUACUUCUUCUUCAUCUUCCAAUAACAAGGCAUACGUCAAACGAGCAGACCUCGAAGCCGAACGACUAGCGAAAUACCAAGCCGAGCAAGAAGCCAUAGCGGCGGCCAAAGAAGAGCGCGCCCAGAAGAAGCGAAAGCUCGAAGAAGAGGAAGCCACACGAAAUGCUGCGCGCGAGGAGAAACGGAAACGCCUGGCCGAAGAGUCUCGAAAACGGCGCGAAGAAGAAGCCGAGCGAGAAGAGCGCGCACGGCGAAAACGUCUCGGUCUACCAGAACGGCCGUCGAGCGAGACACCAACCGGCACCAGCAGCGCGGACGGCACACCUCUCCCAGAAGACGAGGACAUUCCCGACGAUGAACUUGUUUCGAAACUCCGCGAGCUAUCAGAACCAGUCACUCUCUUCGGCGAGUCGCACAAGCAGCGCGUCAGACGUUACAGGCGACUCACAGCAGCCGCCAAGUCGCGGGAGGCUUCGUCCACGCCACAGCCCGGCGGACUGACGUCUGCAGACUUGCCCAUUCCCACGACACUCAUCCUGGUGCCAGAGAAAGAAAUGAAGGUCCCUGCGCUGCCGCCCAAGGACGACAAGGCCCGGGAGUACUUGUACAGGCAGCUCGCGUCGUAUUUUACAAUGGUGCUACGAGAGUGGGCGGCCGCGCUGGCGAACCGGCCGGAGAGCGUGAGGCAGAGUUUCCAGGGGAAAGCGGCAUUCAAUGCCAUGUUGCAGGCAAGAGAGAACAUGCGGCCGCUGUUUAGAAACUUUGAGAAAUCCGACCUCAAGGAUGAUUUGCUCAAGCCGAUUGUCGAGAUUGUGCAUGCUGCGCAGGAGAGACGAUAUGUGGAUGCGAAUGAUGGCUAUUUGAGACUGAGUAUUGGAAAGGCGGCAUGGCCAAUUGGUGUGACCCAGGUCGGCAUCCACGCGCGAUCAGCCCGCGAGAAGAUCAACGAGGGAACAGGAGAAAGCCAAGCGCACAUUAUGAGUGACGAGGCCACGCGCAAAAUGCUCCAGAGUAUUAAGCGCUGCCUCAGCUUUGCGCAGACCCGCUGGCCCCCCGAGGACCAGUUGCAGCUCAUGGGAUAGUUUUUGAUGUACAGUAUCGUGUCUCUAUUGUAUGCGGUUG